AAGUCUAAAUUAGAUUGUGUAUAGUGUUCAGUAAUACAGUGGUUCUUAACCAGGGGUACUAGGACCCAUGGAGGUACUUGGCCUAUCCACAGUAGGAACAUAAGAAGACUCAUGUUUAGACCAUAUACUUACUGGUAAAAUGCAUAAGGGGGUACUCCAGGCAGGGCAACAUUCAAUUGGUGGUACAGUAACCGCGAAAGGUUGGGAACCACUGCAGUAAUACAUGAAGGUGUGGUUGACUGUGAGGGACUGUUAUGUCAGAUGUAUCCUAUUUCCUGUGUAUUUAUAAGUAGAUGUCAGACAGAGACAGACAACAGUAUACAGACAGCUGUGGUGAUGGUGAUGUCCCUGCUGAAGUGUUUGUUGUUCUACUUCUCAUUCAAUGAGUUGACCACAGCAGCAGAAGCAAUUCUCUGGGUGAAGACAGGGGAGAAGUUUACCAUGAAGUGCUCCACCACUCUAAAAGACCAGGACGGAAUGUACCUGUAUGUUGGGCUGGACAGGGACAGGGAGGUGUUGUAUUACUACCAGCGUGGCUCCAAGCUGACCCCCAGGAAAGGCUACUGGGAGAGAGUGAAGACUGAGGGACCUGUGGACCAACUGACCAUCAUCGUCAGUAACCUGACCAUACAGGACACAGGUGUCUACCUGUGUAUUUACACAAAAUUCAAUGAAACCACGAAUGAAAAUGAAAUCAACCAAGGAAGAGGCUCCACUCUGGUCGUGGUGAAUGACGAUGACCCACAGCUGCCAUGUCCUACAGCUACUGCAGUAACGCUGACCCCCUUUCACCCAGCCAAUGAGAAGCCGUGCGCAUCUGGCGUGGUAAACAUCAUCAUCAUCAUCAUCACCACCACCAGCCUCUUGACCAUCCUACUGUGUGCCAUCUUCCUCAUCUGGCUCCCUCCACGGGUGAAGAGGUGCUGUAACCAGGGAGGAUCCACACCCCAGGUCUUUCCUGACUCGGUCUAUGUAGAAAUGGCCAGGAAUCACAAUUAUCAACCAGACACACAGCAGGUAGAAUCGUACCCCUACUCUGUGUCUACCAAAGGAGGAACUAGGACCACUGAGUAGCUUCUUCAAAUGCCUUUUCUGAAUAUUGCUUCUUUGCUUUCUCAGAAUUGAAAAGCCUGUUCUGCUGUAUUUCACAGUUCUAGCCUCAAUGCAAGUCUUUGUGGUAAAUUGUUUGUGUGUGUCGCACCAUACCAUGCUUGUGUGUGUGAAUAAAAUCUCUAUAUGGAAAGUAUAGGAGGGAACAGCCAAUGUUAUAUUCCAGGGCUAUUCAACUAUAUUCUUACGGGGGCCAGAUGUAAAAAAGGUUAAUUGCAGGGAGCCGGACAUUUUCCACAUGCGACGCACACACACACAAAUAAAGCACUUUUCUUCUAAUGAAAUGUUGCUAAAAGUAGUUAGGGAAGAAGUGGAAAGUGCUCGAUCAACGUGAGUUUAGGUGCAACCAAAAAAGUGCUCCUCAUUGAAAAGGAAAAGGCUCAAUGCUUGCUCACCAUUUUAACUAUUAAAAGAUUCUUAUAAGUAAUUUGGUGAUUUGAAAAUCAUCUGAAAACUAAGUAUCUCAAUAAAUAACAGACAACAACCAUAGUACUUUUCAUUUUGGCACUAAACUUCAGAUUUUGAUGCAGAUAUUUUAUGAAUGGUCAGAAUUGAUCAAAGGGCCAGUCUAAAUUACUGAAUGGGCCGGAUCUGGCCCGUGGGCCGCCAGUUGAAUAUCCCUGUUUUAGUCCAUAAGGUGUACAGUUGAUAGUGAUGGAGGCCUCUCUAUAACUUUUUUCAAUACAUCAGGUCAUAAGAUUUAUAUUCGUUUUAGUUCUGAACAAUAGUGUAGGCUGUGUUGUUCUCUAGUGUUUUUAGGUGAAAAGCUGUUCCUGUGCAUGGUGUCUGCCACAAAGUUAAAAUGAGAACUGUUUGUUAAGACUUUUAUUAUAUUUUAUCAUAGGUACAAAUAUUUUAGCUGCCUAAACUUCAUCAGGUACAUCAGGAUAUAAGCCAUUUUUACAUUACAUUUGAUUAUUCUAUGGUUUUAGUUGAGAUAGCUAGUAGGUUAAAACCAUAAUGAUCUGAGUAAAAAUGUUUCAUGCUGAUACGGAGUAAUGAGUGCAUCUUGUGGUUGGAAAAAUAAUUAUUCAUUUUUACCAAGUGACGUAGUAUUUGUCUUACACUAUGAGUCAGUUUUUUACUUAUGUUUCAACUUCCUAACAGCUUUUUUCACUUUAAAAUAGUUGUAACUGUGUAUUGUAUCUUUUUAAAGGAAGAAAAUAUUCUCACCAUUUGCCUUUUAAUCAAAGUAUUGAUAUAUUCAUGUGUAAUUUAACUUGUGUAUUGAUGUUUAUGUUGUAUUUGUGUAUGUGGUACGCAUUGGUGAUGUUCAGCUAUAUUGUAUGUUUUGGAAAGCUUUCUAUCUCAACCAAGUGAAGACAAGUUCAGACAGGAAACCAGAGUAUUUGCAUCAGCUGAUAUUGCACCAAUUAGAUUCACUCUACCGCUUUCUGACCACCCACCCCAGACUCCACCUGCCUUGUUCGCUGUUUAUUAUUAUUAUUAUUAUUAUUAUUAUUAUUAUUAUGUCAUCAUUACGCAUGCUCUGACAGUGAGCUACCCCAAAGAAGCAGAGCCUAACGCCAAGAGUAACGUAUUGAAUGUAUUUGAAUAUUUUCUA